AAGUGACAAGUGAAUAACUCUGGUAGUGAACUUUAGAAAUCCAGCAGUGUUGUAAACCUUCCAAUAGCGUCUAUAGUUGCAUAACAAUGUCUCAACAACAAUUAGCAGCAUUUCUCAGUGAAUUGAACUUAUUGGAGCAAAAAGUUAAUAAUUUAGUAAGUGGUGAAAAUGUGAAUACUAAUGUUGCAAGUGAAGCUCUUCAAAAUUUAACCAGAUUUGUGUCCGAAAAUGCCCCUAGUCUUCCAGCAUAUGAACUGAGAAGAGCACAUGGAGAAAUAAUGAAGUUAAAAACUAGGAUUUUAGAAAUCGAAGAGAAAACUAGACGUCAAGGAAAAUUCAAGUUUACCAGGACUAACAAGGAAAAACCUCAAGUUAUGUCCCCGCCUACUGAAUGCCCAGGAGAAAAAAUUAGCUCGGCUACUGAAAGACCUUCAAGAGGGUUACUUCCUACACUAAUCAACUUGACAAAUGAAACCAUAACAAUUGAUUCAAUGGAAUCAUCAAGUAAAGAUAUUUGGCUUGAUAAUUUGGAAAAAAGCACAAUCAUAAUCAAAGGAAUUCCAAGUGCACUUCACAUGACUAAUUUACAUGACUGUAAAAUUAUUGGAGGGCCAGUUCUGACAUCUGUCUUUCUAGAAGACUGCUUUCAUUCGAUAUUUGUUGUGGGUUGUCAACAAAUGCGUAUCCACAAAAGUAAAGAGUGCGACUUUUAUCUCCAUAUCUGCAGUCGAGUCAUAGUUGAAGAUUGCUUCGCUUGCCGUUUCGCCCCAUACAACAGAGAAUAUUGCGAGAAGGCCGAAGAAUUCAGUCGUGCAAAUUUGGAACUUUCUGUCAAUCACUGGAACUGUAUCGAUGACUUCAACUGGCUGUCUGUAGAACAAUCACCUAAUUGGUCAAUCUUGCCUGAAGAUAAAAGAAUUAAGUUGUAGGUUACAGAAGUAACAGGUGUUGUAAUCACAGGCUUAAGUAACACAAAUACAUCAGUAUAGUAAAA